GACAAUAUAGCGACUACAGCUUCAGAGGGAAUGAAUACGACCGCUGGUUCCUACAGUCUGCAGGGCUCUAUUGUUCGCGGAGAUGCUGGGGUGAUCAAGCGUUUGCGUGCCGCGGGGGCGAUCAUCCUUGGCAAAGCGAAUCUGUCAGAAUUCGCUUACAUGAGGGGUAAUCUUGCCAAUGGCUGGUCCGGUUGCGGCGGUCAAACCACCGGGGCAUACUAUCCAGGGGCAGAUCCUUGCGGUUCUUCAUCUGGUUCUGGCGUCGCUGCAUCUAUCGGGCUUGCUGCUGUCACCCUCGGAACGGAGACGGAUGGCAGCAUCACUUGUCCUGCUAGCCAGAAUAAUAUAGUAGGAGUUAAGCCAACAGUGGGCUUGACAUCUCGAGCAGGAGUAAUCCCCAUAUCCGAGCAUCAGGAUACAGUUGGCCCUUUGACUCGCUCAACUACCGACGCCGCCAUUGUCCUCUCCGUUAUUGCCGGACCUGAUCCAAAUGAUAACUUCACUCUGACGCAACCAAACGUUGUGCCGAAUUACUUGACUGCACUGAACGCUAGCGCCCUCCAAGGAGCUAGAAUCGGCGUACCCAGAGCGAUGUUCUUGGAACCAUCAUAUUCAGGCUUGGAUGAGACGGUCCUGAGUGCCUAUGCCACCGCUUUGGAGACCCUGAGGGAUUUGGGUGCAGUAAUCGUAGACCCUGCCGAUCUGCCUUCUGCCUACGAAAUAGCUGCAUCCAACAAUGAGACGCUUGUCUUGGACGUAGAUUUUAAGGUGCAACUGAAUGCAUGGUAUCAAUCUUUAUACACCAAUCCUUCAGGCGUUCGCAGCCUUGCGGACCUUAUCGCCUUCAACGAUGCAAACCCACAACUGGAAGAGCCAACAAACUAUACAGAUCAAUCGGUACUCAUCGAAGCAGAAACAACAGACGACUUCAACUCGACGUACUAUCAGGCCCUUGCUUUUGACCACGACCUUGGUAGGACCCGAGGGAUAGAUGCUGCUCUCCAGAAGUACAAUCUGGAUGCUCUUGUCCUCCCCGCCUCUGGCUAUGCGGCUGUACCUGCAGGUGAGCGAUCAGUCUGCCUGAAUGGUCUCAUGUUUACCUCUCCGGACAGCCAUAGCCGGAUACCCUAUAAUCACGGGUGA